GAUGCCCCCCCGGUAGGGCGAGGCCUGAGCCCCCCUCCCCCCUCGGAGCAGCGAUGGGAGCAUCCGUGGGCUGAGCCCCCCCAGACCCCGCGGCGACGCCCGGAUAGGGCCAACAUGGAGCCCUGAGAGGAGGCACAGCCGUGGGGAUGGCGAAGCUGCUGGUGCCGCUGGUGGUGCUGGGCGCCGUGUCCGGGGCGGGGGUCCCGGUGUCACCGCCGUCCCCUCGCUGUCCCCCGCGCUGCCUUUGCCCCGCGGCCGCUCCCAGCCCGACGCUGCUGUGCGCCCGCACGGGGCUGCUGGCGGUGCCGCCCAGCCUGGACCGCGGCGCCGUGGAGCUCCGCCUCGCCGAUAAUUUCAUCGGCGCCGUGGGUCGCUCCGAUUUCGCCAACAUGAGCAGCCUGGUGCACCUGACGCUGUCGCGGAACGGGCUGCGCCGCCUCGCCCCCGGCGCUUUCGCCGAUCUCCGCGCCCUGCGAGCUCUACACCUCGAUGGCAACCGUUUACCGGCGCUGAGCGGCCCGCAGCUCCGCGGGUUGGCUAGUUUGCGCCACCUCAUCCUAGCCAACAACCAGCUGGCUGCCAUCGACGCCGCCGCCUUUGCCGCCUUCGCUGCCACUGUGGAGGACCUGGACCUGUCGCACAACAACCUGCCGGCGCUGCCCUGGGACGCCGUGGCCGCCAUGGGCAGUUUGGCCACGCUGACGCUUGACCACAACCUGCUGGAGCGGGUUCCGGCCGGCGCCGUGGCGCGGUUGCCACGCCUGGCCAGGCUGGACCUCACCGCCAACCGGCUGCGGGCGCUUCCACCGGUGCCGGGGCCACCUGGGCCAGCACUAGCGGCCGGUGGCAACCCCCUUCACUGCAACUGCGAAUUGCUGUGGCUGCGUCGCGUGGCUCAGGCGGGCCGCCUGGAGACGUGUGCCACGCCAGCACCGCUGGCCGGGCGGCUUUUGGGCGCCGUGCCCGAGGAGGAGCUGACCUGCCGGGCCCCCGCUGUCACCGCGGCGGCCGCGCACCCGCCCUCAGUCACCGAGGGGCAGCCGCUGCGCUUGGGCUGCGCCGCCGUCGGGGACCCUCCGCCCGCUCUGCACUGGUUGGGCCCCGACGGCCGCGUGGUUCAGAACGGUUCCCGGCGCUCCGUGGGUUCUGACGGCUCCUUGGAGCUCCGUGUGGCCACGUUGAGGGACCACGGCGGCUUCACCUGCGUGGCCGCCAACGCCGCGGGCGAGGCGGCUGCACGUGUCGACGUCGUGGUAGUGCCGCUGCCGGUGCCACGGGGACGGGACGGGGAUGGUGAUGCCGCGGCCGCAGAGGCGGGGCCCGGCCCCUCGGAUAUGGCCCAGGCGGGCGGCAAUGACACCUGGGGGGGGGCCGGGGAGCGGCGGGUGGUGGCAGCGGAGGUGACCGGGUCCUCGGCGCGCAUCCGGUGGCUGCCACAGCGCCACUUGCCCGGCGUGCGCAUGGUGCAGAUCCAGUACAACAGCUCGGCCGACGACGCCCUCGUCUACAGGUUGUUGCCCCCCUCCAGCCGCACUUUCGUCCUCCGGGAUUUGGCUCCGGGCCGCCUUUACGAGCUCUGCGUGUCCGCGCUGCGCGUGCUCGGGGACCCCCCCGCCGCCCCCCGCCCGCUCGGCUGCGUCUCCUUCGCCACGGCCGCCGCCCCCCCGGGCUGCGCCGCGCCCCCCCGGCCCCACUUCUUGGGGGGCACCGUCAUCAUCGUCAUCGGCGCCGCCAUCGCCGCCUCCGUGCUCGUCUUCAUCCUCAUCCUCACGGCGCGUUGGAAGGCCGCGGGGGCGCGGCGCCCCCCGCCCGCGCUCACCAGCGUUUGCUCCCAGACCAACGGUGGUGCACGGCCCGCCGAGACCCCCGAGCUGCCCCCGCUACCCCCGCUGCCCCCGCCCGCGGCCGGGGGGGGUCCCACGGCGGGCGGGGCGCGGGGGUUGUUUCCCAGCCACAGCUACCCCCGGCGGGCGCGGCCCCGGCGCCACGGGUCCCUUCCGCGGCUGGACGCGCCCGAAGGGACCCCCCUGGGACCCCCCCUGCGUCCCUCAUUCGGCAGCACCCACUGGAUGCUGGAGAGUACCGUGUGAGGGGGGGGGAUGGCGGGGAUACCCCCUCCGACUACCCCCGGGACUCUCCCUUCGGCGAGUCCCCCGGGCGACCAAACGCAGCUCCGGCGGCUCCUGUUGGGGGGCGUACUGGGAGCGCCAAAGCUCUCCCGGGUGCCCCCCGAACACAUUUGGGAUCCCCCAUGGGUGCCACCAGGUGCCAUUGGGAACCCCGAGGUAUCCCCUCCACCCCCCCGCCCUGGCGGACCUGUAUGCAAACCUUUCUCCCCGAAAAACCCGCGUGGCGACCCCCGACAUGUGCGGGCACCACGAAACGCGUGGGGACCGCGACAGGGACCACCCUCCUCCGACACGGACUCAAGUGCGCUCGGACACGCGCGUUGCGUGUCCGGAAACUUGUGCCCGCCCCCCGCCCCUCCCCGCGCCCCCAAAAGCAGGACACUCGCCCGGGACUUGCGUGUACCCCCCCCCACGCGCGUUCCCCCGCCAACCCGAGAUGCGCACUUGGGACUUGUGUGUGCGCCCUAACAUUUGUGUGCCCUCCCGCCCCACGCGCGUACCCGGCCCGCCCCUCCCGCGGUGCCUUCGGCCGGGCCGGGGGGGCCCCGCGCACGCCCCCAACAUCUCUGCACAGAUGACACGAGACUCGCAGCCCCCCUCCUCAAGAAAAUCCCUUCGUGGGGAGGAGGGAAAAGAGGGGGCCUCCGGAUGCCUGGGGACCCUCCCGUGUGUCCUUUCCGGAAUGGCCUCUGCCCCCUUCCCCAAGUCGGCCUGGGGGUUCCUAUCUGGCUGGUCUGGAUAACCCUGGGGAGGCCCUCCCAGC